AUGAGCACUCCCUGGCCUUUCCAUACUUGGGGGCUUUAUUUAAACGAGACAAUCCAUCCCCCUUCCGAUGGCUACAUAUGGAUCCUUACCACUACGGAGUAUUUCACAAAAUGGGUUGAGGAAAUUCCCCUUCGAAAGGCCACAGGAGCUGCUGUCUCGAAUUUCAUUCGGGAAUACAUUGUGCGUAGGUUCGGAAUCCCAUACAAGAUGGUCACCGACAAUGGCACGCCUUUUGUUAACAAGCAAGUGAGUUCAACCCUUAGUGGGUACGGUAUCAAUCAUCGUCGCUCUACGCCUUAUUACUCGCAAGGAAACGGUCAAGCGGAGGCUACCAAUAAGACGAUAUUAAGGAUUCUAAGCAAGAUGGUAUAUGAGUAUCAAGGAGGCUGGAGUGUUCACCUGCCGGAUGCUUUGGGUUUACCGCACCUCACCAAGGAGCGCUACAGGUUUUUCACCUUACUCACUUGUGUACGGGUCUGA